CCCCUACCCCGAACGAACAAAAUCCCAAGAACCCUAGCCCCCAAAUCGCACUGCGAGCUCACUUCUCAUCCCCCACUGGCGAGUGCCGACCUCACCACUGAACUCCAGCUGUGAAGCCAAUGUGAAUCGCACUGAAUCCUCCAUCCUUCCAUGGAUCUCAGCGUCGAGCUGCUGAAGCUUUCGGUUGCCGAUGGCGGCGGCGAGGACCGCCUUAGUGCUCUACCAGAUGACGUGCUCAUCCACAUCCUUGUUCUUGUCAAGGACGCCGCCGCAGCCGCGCGGACCAGCGUCCUCGCCAGCCGCUGGCGCCGCCUCUGGCCCCUCCUCCCGGAGCUCAGAUUCGGCUCCAUCGAGCACCACCUCAUAGGCGCCGUGCUCGCAGCACAUGAGGCGCCGGACCUAAGCCUCAUCUUGGCGCACACAAAGGACGCAUCUCCAGAGUCACUCUCAGCUUGGCUCCCCAUCGCCGCGCGCAGCCUCUCUGGCGCCAUACAACUCGAGGUGGUGCGGCGGGAGAGCGAGACCGAGAUCGGGGAAAGAUGGGCUGCCAUUGAUCUGCCUUGCUUCGAGAAGGCUAUCAUAAUCAAGCUCAAGCUUGGGUUUCUUGGCCUCGCCCUACCGCCAUCUGGAGUAUUCUCCCGGCUCGGUGAUCUACAGCUGGUUGACAUCCAGCUACAUGGCCAGUCAAGCAGGCUCGGUGAUCUUCUAUCCUCCCAGCGGUGCCCAUCAUUAAUGUCCCUCCUUGUCAGUGAUUGCCGGGGUCUGGACAGCUUAAACAUCCACUCGAACUCUCUUCUACACCUGAAGUUGUUGUAUCUGCAUCACUUGCAGCAGCUCACUGUCGUGGCACCGGCUCUCAAAAGGAUAAAGGUGAUCAGGUGCUUUACUGAUCCUUUGAAUCCAGAUCAAUCAGUUGUCAACAUCUCAGCCCCUCAACUGAUGUCGCUCGUGUGGAAGAAUUUUCGUGAUCCAAGUUCGAUCCAGCUUGAUGAGGUGAUGAAUCUCAAAAUGCUGGGCAUAGAACUGCUAUUUCUAGGGGGAGAGGAAGAAGCGUUUGAUUACAAUCACAAUUGCAUGAUGCUUUUGCGGCGCUUUAAGCGCAUCCGCAAUCUUGAUCUCCUGAUUUCCUAUCUUCCGGGCAUAUGUACUGGGCCAUACUUAAUGGAUCACAUGCCAAGGCUUCCAGAUAUUACAACAUUGCACAUGGGUGUAGUAGCAUAUGGACAUUCCGUUGGAGCCAUCUUGUUUAAUGUUCUGAGGAGCUGUACUGGUGUAAAAGAUUUGUUUAUUGACUUUCUUGCAGAAUUGGAGGAACAAACUCCAUGCCCAUCAGGUUGCAUCUGUGACGAGCCGCCAAACUGGAGAAUGGAGGAGCUUGCGCUGAAUUGCCUUGAAGAAAUGGAAAUCCAAGGCAUGAGGGGAACUGAACAUGAAGUUUCUUUUGUGCAACGGUUAUUCCGUUGGGCAACAGUACUAAAAGAGGUGACAAUAAUUUUCCAUGAAUUAAUCACUGAAAGCAAGGCCAAGGAGCUCCGCCAGUUAUUACUAAGCUUCUCUAGGCCAGAUAUAUCUAUGGAUAUUAGCAUGUGUGUUCCAUAAUACUUGGGCAACCCUUUAUCGCGCACACUGGCAGUUCCAGUAGCUUUACUUCUGUGAAAAUGAACUUUUCUAACUCGUUUCCCGGUGUAUGCGGAACUGAACUCUAGUUAUUACAUAUGAAGUAGUGCUACAAAGUUUGCCCUGGAAUAUAUUGCUAAUAAUGUUGUAGAAAGGGUGUGUGUGUUGCUGAAAUUUGGCAAUCUGGAAGUUCAUGUGAUGUUGCUCAAAAUAAUGAUCAUUGUGCUGCACUGGUAAGAAGUAGUAGAAUUAUUUUUUGGCAGCUGCCAAGCUGAAUUGUCAUUUUGGUUUUC